GAUUAUAAAAUAGUUAUGUUGCUAAAACAGCUGAAUAUUUGACAAGAACAACCAUAGGGAGCGGUAGCGUUAAAACAACGUGGUUCGAUAAUUUCAUAUUCUUUCACAUCAAAAUCAGCUGUGAACAUCAGUAUGGCCGCUCUUUUAAAUAAAUAAUAAAAAAUUGUUUUUCUAAUCACAUUAAACAAAAAACAUAACAGUGAAGUUUUCGUACUUAUGUUUUAAAUUAUCUCUGUUUAAAAUAACAGUGUUGAUGUUGACUGAAAGUGUUGCGUCAUGACAAAGACCUCUCACUGACAAAUAAAUACAAAAAUUGUGACUCGGCGUACGGCAACUGUGAUUUCUAUUGUGCGUUGAUCUGUUCGGUUCGAGUCUGAUGUUAAAAGCUGCAUAAGAAGAAACAUUUUAAUAAUGAGUAGUGUAAGAUUAAGUUUUGUGUCCGUGGGAAGGCUAGCGGUGAGAAGAAACCCACAGAUAACAUCAGGUGUCCAGCAGUGUCGCUCCCUCAGACGCACGUGCACCAGAGCGCUCGGUACCUGCACAGUACUAUGCAAGAGUCCAACAGAACAGCCUCCGGCGCCUCCGCCAUCUAACUCAGGGAAAGAUGCCGCUGCCUCAGGUACAUCAGGUGGAAAAAAGUCUGGCAACGGUGGUAACGGAGUACUGACAUGUCCGAAAUGCGGAGACCCCUGUACGCACGUCGAGACGUUCGUGAGUUCGACGCGUUUCGUGAAGUGCGACAAGUGCCACCACUUCUUCGUGGUUCUCAGUGAAGUGGACACCAAGAAGAGUAUUAAAGAUAGUACAGACAACAAAUCAGGGUUCUACAGGAAACCUCCACCUCCGCCAAAGAAGAUCUUCGAAUAUCUGAACAAGCACGUGGUGGGGCAGGAAUACGCCAAGAAGGUGCUCUCGGUGGCCGUGUACAAUCACUACAAACGCAUCUACAACAACGUGACGAGCGGAACUCCGAACGACUCCCAUCACCCGCUGCAUCACACUCACAGAGAUCUACUACAUUUGGGUCACGGAGGCAGCGGCGGUGGAGCGGAAGUAUUGGAAAGGCAACACCAUGACAUCAAACUGGACAAAAGCAACGUACUACUCUUGGGACCCACCGGAUGCGGUAAGACGCUGUUAGCACAAACGAUAGCCCAAUGCCUGGACGUGCCGUUCGCGAUCUGCGACUGCACCACGCUGACGCAGGCCGGCUACGUCGGCGAGGACAUCGAGAGCGUCAUCGCCAAACUGCUGCAGGACGCUAACUUCAACGUGGAGCGAGCUCAAACGGGGAUAGUGUUCCUGGACGAGGUCGACAAAAUCGGUGCCGUCCCGGGAAUACAUCAGCUCAGGGAUGUCGGAGGCGAGGGAGUGCAGCAAGGCAUGCUGAAGAUGCUGGAGGGCGCCGUGGUGUCGGUGCCGGAGAGGAACUCUCGCAAGUUGCGUGGCGACGCGCUCAACGUCGACACCACCAACAUCCUGUUCGUGGCCAGCGGCGCCUACAACGGGCUGGACAGGCUGGUGCAGCGGCGCAACAACGAGAAGUACCUGGGGUUCGGCGCGGGCGGCGCGGGCGGCGGCGCGGGGCGGCGGGCGGCGCUGCAGGCCGCGCACAACGACGCCAGCCCGGCCGCCGCGCCGCAGGACGAGGACCGCGAGCGCGACGCCUGGCUGCGCAAGGUGCAGGCCAGGGACCUCAUCGACUUCGGCAUGAUACCGGAGUUUGUCGGGCGCUUCCCCGUGCUCGUGCCCUUCCACAGCCUCAGCCAGGACCUGCUGGUGCGGAUCCUGACAGAACCUAAAAACGCGAUGGUGGCGCAGUACAAGCUGCUGUUCGCGAUGGACAAGUGCGAGCUGUCGUUCAGCGACGACGCGCUGCGGGCCGUCGCCGCGCUCGCCAUGGAGCGACGCACCGGCGCGCGCGGCCUGCGGGCCAUCAUGGAAAGUCUUCUGCUGGAGAUAAUGUUCGAGAUCCCGGGGUCGGAGAUAUCCAGCGUGCACGUGCACGAGGGCUGCGUGUCCCGCGGCGAGCCCCCCCGCACCGCGCGCCGCGCCGCCGCCCCCGCGCCCGCCCCGCGCGACCCGCACCUGCACGACUGGCCCGAGCUCAGGAUCACCAACUAACGACAGCGGAGCGAGGGUCGCGCGUGCCGCUCGACGUACGAGCCCACGGACCACAUGGCGAAUACCAUUAUAAUUACUUCCUUCAGUAACAAAUGGCUUCAUUCACUCAUUCUGCGGACACUUGAAUGUUUCAAUAUCACCGCGGGGGCCGCUCGCCGUUGUAAGGCGCUGUUGUCCCGGACCCCGCGACCCAGCAAUCCCCGGGGCUCG